AUGUGUGCCCGUCAGGUCUCGUCCUUUAACAUCCCUCCGCCGUGCGACGCCAACCUCUUGACUCCCAUCUCCACUGCUGGCUCGCCUCCUCUGCAUCAGCUUCGCAAGUUGAUGGGACACUACCCUCCUCCCCCAGGCAGCCCACAGACACAGGAGCCCACGCCCCCCGGUAGCUCCAAGAUGUACCACCAGUGGAACAACCAGUUCGACAUGAACGGCCAACCUAGUAGUACUAGUUCUCCCAUGACAACUCCGGCCCACGUCGCCCCGGAAUCCUUCUACAUCGCCGACGAACGACGCACCCCAGGCCCUCCCGAGCCCUACAUGGGCAUGUUUGGCGUUUCCGACUCUGCCGCGGAUCCUGGGCACAUCUCCAACUCUGGGCCACCAUACUACAUCGACAUGAACCAGAUGGGGAACCAGAACCCCAUGAUGGUCCGCGACAACCCUCCGAUGCCAGUCGACCCUCAUCAUCGCGAUCUUGGCCGCACCGUUCCAUCCACGAGCCAUCUCCUAAGCCAUCCCCACCCGCAUCUCAGGCACGCGCGCCGCCCCAGCACAGACAACCCGCUCCUACGCGGGCGCAUGCCCGAGCCUCCCCGUUCCCCUAGUGGCUCCCCUCGACGCCGCGCAGUUGCUGGCAACAGCCGGGUCAAGAAGGCACGAUCCUCCAAGCGCCAGUCAGGGACUCCUCGGAAUAGCCAACAGCCGGACCCAUCCGAAGAACACAAGAACUGCAACGGAGAGGAAGUGCCGCCUCGCCUGAAGAGUACCUGCCCAGAAGAGGAGCGGUGUAUUUUUGAAUCUCGCUGGCGCCACCGCCACCAGAGGGGCCAGGACAUGUGGGACAGCAUCCAAGAGGACUUCACCAAGCGAUUCAACAAGAGCCACGGCAAGGAGAUGCUCCAAAUGAAAUUCAAGCGUGCUCGGUCAAAGUAUAUUGAGUGGCUGCCAAGAGAUGAGGACAUUUUGCGCGAAGCCUGGAAGCGAAUGGAGCGCGACAGAUAUCAAACCCUUCUUGAGCUGUUCGUCGAGAUGGGCGGCUCGCGCAACAUGCGCCUCAACUCGAGUGAUAUUGAGGUCAAGGUAGUCAACGACCUGAAGCUCGAGGAGCAUCUCUACAUGGAAAGCUACCGGGACAUGGAUGUCCGCAGGCGGCGCAAGGUCUCGGCGAAGAAGCGAACGGGCGGCCCCCACGAUGACAUGGCCGGCGGCGACGACAUGAUGGGAGUUGACCCGCGCACGACGCACAACGAGGAAGACGUGAUCAACCAAGUUCACAGCCGGAGGGAACCGAUGCGGUGGGAGACGGACUCGUCGGCGCAUUCGACGGAGAUAAUGGACAUGCCUGUCUGGGACAGCCGCGCGUCGAUGAAACUGGACGCAGCACCAGGCUUGAGGCUGGUCAACGGAGUCAACCGCGGCGUCUAUCCGGCGCCCAAAUGA